AUGCUUAAGCCAGGGGACAUCUGCCCUGCUGAAGGUCCCUGUUGCAUCCUUGUUCACAAAAUGCCUUAUUUUAUGAGACUCAUUUUAUUUUUGUUUUGCUUGAUGGUUUUUGUGGAGAGCAGAAAGCCCAGGAGCAAGAGAUGGACAGGACAGUUGGAAAUGCCCAAGCCAAGUCACUUAUAUAAAAAGAACCUCGAUGUGACCAAAAUCUGGACAGGAAAACCCCAGCCUCUGCUCAGGGUGGACGACCAUGACUUCACCAUGAGGCCAGCCUUUGGAGGCCCUGCCAUUCCUGUGGGUGUGGACGUGCAAGUGGAGAGUCUGGAUAGCAUCUCUGAGGUGGACAUGGACUUCACCAUGACCUUGUACUUGCGACAUUACUGGAAGGAUGAGAGGCUGGCCUUUCCCAGCACCAGCAACAAAAGCAUGACCUUUGAUGGCCGGCUGGUGAAGAAGAUCUGGGUCCCUGAUGUCUUCUUUGUUCACUCCAAAAGGUCAUUCACUCAUGACACCACCACUGACAACAUCAUGCUGAGGGUGUUCCCAGAUGGCCAGGUGCUAUACAGCAUGAGGAUUACUGUCACUGCCAUGUGCAACAUGGACUUCAGCCACUUCCCCCUGGAUUCCCAGACCUGCUCUUUGGAGCUGGAGAGCUAUGCAUAUACAGAUGAAGAUCUAAUGCUAUACUGGAAGAAUGGAGAUGAGUCCCUGAAAACAGAUGAGAAGAUCUCUUUGUCCCAGUUUCUGAUUCAGAAAUUCCACACUACUUCCAGACUGGCCUUCUACAGCAGCACUGGCUGGUACAAUCGUCUGUAUAUCAACUUCACGUUGCAUCGCCACAUCUUUUUCUUCUUGCUCCAAACCUAUUUCCCUGCCACCCUGAUGGUCAUGCUAUCCUGGGUGUCCUUCUGGAUUGACCACAGAGCUGUGCCUGCCAGAGUUUCACUGGGCAUCAUGACAGUGCUGACCAUGUCCACCAUCAUCACGGGUGUAAAUGCCUCCAUGCCCCGCGUGUCCUAUAUCAGAGCUGUGGACAUCUAUCUGUGGGUCAGCUUUGUGUUCGUGUUUCUCUCGGUGCUGGAGUAUGCAGCUGUCAACUACCUGACCACAUUGCGAGAACAGAAGGAACACAAGCUGCGGGAAAAGUUUCCAUGUGUGUGUGGAAUGCUUCAUUCAAGAACCAUGAUACUAGAUGGAAGCUACAGUGAGUCUGAGGCCAAUAGCCUGGCUGGGUAUCCAAGAAGUCAUAGUUUGCAAGAAGAAGAAAAGCAAGAAAAAAUGAUCCAUCUGGCCCUGAACAGUGAAGCAACCUCCUCCAGGAAGAAAGGCUUUCUCAAGGGCCAGAUGGGGAUUUGCAUCUUCCAGAAUACCCAUGCUAUUGACAAAUACUCCAGGUUGAUAUUCCCUGCCUUCUACAUAUUUUUCAACUUGAUUUAUUGGUCAGUAUUUUCCUAGAGGCUCCAAGGCUUUGCUAAGGAAAGGGCUUGGACAUACAUUGGUGGACACAUGGACCUAGUGGACACACUCCCCACACCAGUCCAAGAAACUGCUUCUCAACUACCAUGAGGAGUACCACUCUCAGAAGCCUCCAACUGUUUCUUAUUCAUGUUGGUUUCUGUCUUACUUCACUCUAAAUAGAACUAUCUUGUGUUCUUGCGUAUGAACCUGUUCAAAAAAUUUUAUCCUAUUUUCAAAAAGAUUCAAAUGCUUUCCAGAUGUUCUGAGAUGCUUAUGGUGCCCAAAAUUCAAUUGUGGAAAGAAAGGAAAUGAAGGGAAAGCUUAGGGACAUGCUGGGUAGGAAAUUUGGAGAAAACAUCUGUGAACCCAUAAAUUGGAGUAAGUGCCUACCCUCAGAGCCUAGACAGGAAAUUUAUAUUGUGCCAGGAACUAUGUAAAUGAACAAAUAAUCUUUUUUCCUCCAAGAAUUUCUCUAAGUUGUGCUCAUUUUUCUCAUAUAACACACUUCUGCCUCUUCUUUCCCCUCAACCUCACUUGUCCACAGACCCAUUAUGUUUAUUGGUAUUACUACUCCAGGUCUGUCUAGAAAAGCAUUUCCAGACUCUUGUGAAGCCCUUAUGAAGUCAGCUCUGUGCUUCUCUUUGGAAUCUCCUUAUGGUACAAGCCUAGGGAUGAGGAGGUCAGGACUUGAGAAUGUGAGACUACAUAGUGUAGUCCUAGAGAGAGGAGGCCACAGGUCUUGUAUGGAAAUCUGAUACCUUCCUACCUAUUUCUAGGUACCUCCCUAGCAGAGUAGUGUCUUUCUUAUCAUUACCAUAAGCAGCAGCAGUAUCUCACCUAAUCAAACCAGAAGAGUUCCAUG